ACUAGGUCUUCAAUUCACUGGUCCUUUACCAUCUUUCAAUGGGUUGUCUGGAUUCUGAUGGAGAUAUCCUGAUUAUAGUCAGUUUGAUACAAUUCCUUCAGAUUCUUUUCCUACCCUCUAUAACUUAGAGGUUUUGGCUUUAGGUAACAACCCUCUUAAUACCAUCACUGGUUGGUGAUUUUUAGAAUUCAUUCCAAAUGCAAAAUCUUCCGUGGAUGAGUUGCAAGAUCCUUUGCCUGUAUUGGGGUUUUGAAGUUGUCCAUGAAUCAAGUUUCUGGUGGUGACAACAAGGGUAAAAUUAUUGUUUAAAUUAUUCAGACAUUUCGUACUACAUAAAAGCUCAAUACAACCUCACAGACCCCAUCACCAUCGCCAUUUUCACCGACCACCAAGCCAUAUCACUGGUUCUUCUACAUCUAAAUCAAUUGCAAUAUCUUUGGCGAUCUCACGUGUUUUUGGAUACAAAUUCAGGCUGCCGUCUCAAGCCACAACAAUAGAUCCGGUGCCAGUCACCAUGUCUAUCCUAUUGGGCCACGGAGAAUGUGGUGUAUCUUUGUAGAUCGAUGCAAUUCAACUAAGUAGGAGAUUCGUCUCCUUUUCGAUCGUAGGAAGUUAUGGAAUGCAAUGAGGGAAGGCAUAGAAUUUUGAUGGUAUCUGACUUUUUCUACCCAAACUUCGGAGGUGUGGAGAAUCACAUCUAUCUUUUAUCACAAUGCUUGCUUAAGCUUGGGCAUAAGGUGGUGGUCAUGACUCAUGCUUAUGCGAACCGUUCUGGAGUGAGGUACAUGACGAAUGGCUUAAAAGUUUAUUAUGUACCUUGGAAGCCAUUUCUUAUGCAAAAUACAUUGCCGACCUUUUACGGAACACUUCCAAUUGUGAGGACGAUUCUCAUUCGGGAAAAGAUCUCACUGGUUCAUGGGCAUCAGGCCUUUUCGACUCUUUGUCAUGAAGCUCUUAUGCAUGCACGAACUAUGGGUUACAAAGUCUUGUUCACUGAUCAUUCACUGUACGGUUUUGCUGAUGUUGGAAGCAUUCACAUGAAUAAAAUUCUGCAGUUUACUUUAGCGGAUGUGAGUCAAGCCAUUUGUGUCUCACAUACAAGUAAAGAAAACACAGUCCUAAGAUCAGGGCUGCCGCCAGAGAAGGUUUUUGUUAUACCAAAUGCUGUGGACACAACCAUGUUCAAGCCUGCUCCAGAGAGACUUAGCAUGGAUCCAAUUGUAAUUGUUGUGAUUAGUAGAUUGGUUUACCGGAAGGGUGCGGAUCUGUUGGUUGAAGUUAUUCCGGAAGUAUGCCAUUUAUACCCAAAUGUCCGCUUCAUCAUUGGAGGAGAUGGACCCAAGAGAGUAAGGCUGGAAGAGAUGAGGGAAAAACACUCUCUUCAAGACCGGGUUGAUAUGUUAGGUGCUGUCCCUCAUGCCAAAGUGCAAUCAGUUUUGACCUCUGGUCAUAUAUUCUUGAACAGUUCUCUAACAGAGGCAUUCUGCAUAGCGAUACUAGAGGCUGCUAGUUGUGGACUAUUGACAGUGAGUACAUGUGUUGGUGGUGUUCCAGAGGUUCUACCAGAUGAUAUGAUUGUUCUUGCUAAGCCAGAUCCUAGUGAUAUGGUACAUGCAAUCAAUAAAGCAAUCCGUAUACUUCCUCAAAUUGAUCCACAAGAGAUGCACCGUCGUAUGAAAGGCAUGUAUAGUUGGCACGAUGUUGCCAAAAGAACGGAGAUUGUGUAUGAUCGUGCCUUGGGAUGUUCCAAUCAAACCCUCUUGGAAAGACUUCCACGGUACCUCACAUGUGGUGCUUGGGCAGGCAAGCUUUUCUGUUUGGUUAUGAUAAUUGAUUUCAUCUUAUGGCGACUAUUACAACUCUGGCAGCCCGAUUCAGAAGUUGAGCUGGUACCUGAUAUUAAACAGGUGGAGUGUAAACGGGGGUGAGACAUGACCAUAGACACCGCCGUAGACUAAAUGAAACAUGGAUAAUGUAGGAAGAACAAAUCAAGAUUCAAGAGUAGAGGAAGGAUAUCUGUUGGAGUUCAAUCUAUACAGGGGUGAGGCAUGACCUUUAUUCAUAAUUCCUUCAUCCUUUUUAUUUUUUUCAGUUUUAUUUAUUUUCAUUUCAAUUUACACAUUAUAUAAAAACGUACUCUGAAUGUGAAAACUUAUAUAAAAAAUGCAGAUAGAUAGUCCCCCACUGCCAUUCGUGGGGCUCGGCAUA